ACGAAGCUGACAUCACUUAUUUAUAGCAAACGCUUCUGGACCGAAAACUGGACUGGUGCACUAUAAAGGUUAUAUAAAGAAACGACAGAAAAGCAAUUAACUUCUAAGGCGUUUUGUUCUUGAGGGUGUUGUAACUAAGCGACGCCUGUUAUGGGUGAGCAGAAGUAUGAAUUAUGAGCUUCUAUAAAUACUAAAGGACGAGCCGCUAUAAAAGUGAGUGAACUCAGUUAGUUCAAGAGUAGACUCUUUUGUUUCCUGUUUCCACCACGAAUUAUGGUGGAAACAAUUUGACCCAUGACUAAGUAAAAUACUAUACGUGUUUGUGUAUGGGAUCAACUUUAAAAGGACAAGGAAUCUGAAGUACAGCACUGGAUAUCUGGAUAUCAGGAUGACAAAAGAGGAGGAAAACCCAGAGUGGGUUGGUGGUCAAGAAUUUAAUGACAAAUAUGAACCAAAGGAGAUAUUAGGACGAGGUGUGAGCAGUGUAGUUCGCCGAUGUGUGGACAAACUGACUGGUCAGGAAUAUGCGGUAAAGAUUAUAGACAUCACACCAUCAGACAAAAUGACACCUCAAGAGAUAGAAGAAAUCCAGCAGGCCACUGUGAAAGAGAUCGACAUUCUUCGAAAAGUGUCUGGACAGAAAAACAUAAUUCAACUGAAGGAUUGCUUUGAAUCAAAGGCUUUCUUCUUUUUGGUAUUUGAUCUGAUGAAGAGAGGAGAACUCUUUGAUUACCUCACAGAAAAAGUCACUCUAAGUGAGAAAGAGACAAGAAAGAUUAUGCGAGCUCUUCUGGAGGUGGUCGAGUAUCUUCACACCCACAAUAUAGUCCAUCGUGACCUGAAACCAGAGAACAUUCUGUUAGAUGAUGAUUUGAAUAUCAAACUCACUGAUUUUGGCUUCUCGAUCCAGAUUGAGCCUGGACAAAGACUGAACGAGGUUUGUGGGACACCAGGUUACUUGGCUCCAGAAAUCAUUGAGUGUUCCAUGGAUCCCAACCAUGCUGGCUAUGGGCCUGCUGUUGACUUGUGGAGCGCAGGAGUGAUCUUCUACACUCUUUUGGCUGGAUCUCCACCUUUCUGGCACAGGAAACAAAUGCUGAUGCUUCGAAUGAUUCUCGCAGGAAGCUACGAAUUCGCCUCUCCGGAAUGGGACGACCGAUCGGACACUGUCAAAGACUUGAUUUCCAGGUUAUUAGUUGUGGACCCGCAAAGCCGCUACACAGCCACAGAAGCCCUCAAUCACCCGUUCUUCCAACAGUACGUGGUUGCGGAAGUACGUCAUUUCAGCCCUUACAGAAAAUUCAAGGUUAUUUGUAUGACCGUACUUGCUGCCAUGCGUAUCUACUGCAACUAUCGUCGUGCUAAACCUGUCACGAAGGAAGUGAUCCGCAGCGACCCGUACGCCAUCAAACCUCUACGCAAGAUGAUCGACGCGUGUGCCUUUAAAAUCUACGGCCACUGGGUGAAGAAAGGGCAAACUCAGAACAGAGCAGCUUUAUUUGAGAACACUCCAAAAGUUAUUCUGCUCUCCAUUGCAGCUGAGGAGAUGGAUGGAUCAUCCAGGACUUGGUGAGGGUUCAUUAUCUCCGAAUAAUCCCAGAUACCACAAUUUACCUCAGUAGCACGUUGAUAUUGGUCCAAAAAUACACCUCUACUGCUCGACAGCAUAUUUCCUACUUGUUUACACAGUGAGAAGGAAAUAACAAUGCUAAAAAUGUACAACUGAGACCUGAAGUAUUUAAUAUGUGUGGUAUUAUUUAAUACAAUUACAUUUUUAUUCUAUUUUAAAUAUAUGACGUUAUUUACAUUUUAUAUCUAAAUGAUUUCAGUAACCAUAAAGAAAGGCUAAAAAAAAAACAGAAAACUAUAAGAUUAAGAUGAUUUUAAUUUCACAGUAUUUUGUCUAAAAAAGCAGAUAUAACACUGAAUUCCAAAAGUUUGUGUCUCCACAGGAGAAAUACAGUAUCAAUCCCAUAAUGCACUGGCAUCAACUCUUAAACAUAUUGGCUCUUAAAGCUCAGUUUUUUUCUGUUUUGCAUUUGAGCCCAUAGCACAGCGGAAGCCCAGGUUAUCAGAGGCCGAAUCUGGUGUGUUUCCCAUCCUGCAUGUGAGAAUAUAAAAAUAAGUUUUUAUGUAUCACAUUCUCAUAAACUGCUGUUGCAAUUGUUGACAGGAAUUGGAACUGUUAAAUCAAUUGCAUAAUGAAUAAUAAAAGCCUAAUAAAAGUUGACUUUGAAUCAUAUGAAUGUAGCAGGAUGGAGCAUGACUGACCUAGUGGUGACACGAGCUCUGUGAUUGGCUGAGCCAUCAGCCGUGUCGAUCCAGGAUGCUCCGCGCAGGACGUACAUGGUUUGAGCACCAGGAAAACGUGAGGAGGUCCAUUCCCAGACAUUACCCAGCAUGUCAUAUAGUCCUGGAACAAGAAACAACAACAACAACAGUGUCGGUAAAGAACUGGAGAUGAAAUAUGACGUGGUGUGUGAAGAAAAUAAGGAAAA